AUGGGACGACCAGAAGAACCCCAGUCCUGGGGCGCGCCUCCUAGUUACGAUGCAGCACAGAGGCAUGCAGAGCCCCCUCCAUACCACAAUUGGGAAGACGCAGUACCCGAUACUUCCACCUUCCCUCCCCCACCAGUCACAGGCUUUUACGCUUCCGGGUCAGGGAAUGCCUCGAGCAACGAUGCCGAACGAGCUCACGAUUUCUGUAACAACAACCCGCUGUGGAUGCCCGUGAGGCCGUCGCCCUCAGUGUACAGCAGCGUGCAGCAGCAUGAUCUCCGGCCCGUCCGACAGCAGGAGUUCCCUGGAGAGCUGCACCCGGCCGGCCUCGGACGUUGGCAAGCGCGCACCUUCGAUGGCGCAGGUGACAGCCUCGUGCUCUCGCACCUCCCGCUCUAUUUUGCCGCGGAGGAUUCGCCGUUCAUCCGAGAGAGGCGAAAGACGAUCUAUUUCGAGAUCACUCUGCGUGCUUUACGCGCCGGGCCCGGAACCGGCCCGGACGACGCCAGUGGGGUGUCUAUCGGCUACGUCGCCCAGCCCUAUCCCUCCUGGAGAUCGCCCGGCUGGGAACGGGGCAGCCUGGGCGUCUUCUCAGAUGACGGCUGCCGCUUUGUAAAUGACUCGUGGGGCGGCCGCGAGUUCACGACAGCUUUUAACGUGGGGGAAACCGUUGGGCUCGGAAUGAUCUUUGCUCUUCCGGAUGACGCUAGUGCACAGAAGCCUGACAAAAGGACUUGCAAGGUGGAGGUCUUUUUCACCCGGAAUGGGCAAAGUGUCGGCGGGUGGGACUUGCAUGAAGAGGUGGAUGCGGAUUCUGGUGGGAUUGAAGGAUUGGAAGGCGACUAUGACUUGUACGCCGCCAUUGGCCUUUUCGGUGGCGUUGAUUUUGAUUCUUGUUUCGACCCUGCAGGCUGGUUGUACAAGCCCAGCAUGUAA